UUCCAUCGCACGCAGGACACAAGGCAUUUGUCUGCAGGUGUCAGGCGUGCCGUCCUCGUCUCGCUAAGGCUUCCCCCUAGACAUUUAAUUGCUGAUUACGGGCAGAUUACAGGCAGCGACUCAGGUCAUGGGCAGAGGGAAUCCCAAAAGUGGGCCAAUCCCCGCCAACAGGAGAGUCUCCGGUGCCGUCAUUUCCUCUCCAGUGCACAUGACGCCUGACUGAGCGGAGCGGCUUCUCACACCAGAGCGAUCAGCCCAGCAGCGUUCAGGGGAUCAAGGGAACUCCUCCAUCCCACACCCAAGCCCCAAAAGUCGGCCUCUGCCACCCGCUCUCCCCCCCAUCCCUCUCUCUCUCUCUCUCUCUCCAUCUUGCAACGCCGGUGAGCGGUGAUGGGAAAUGCUAGCGGCUGCUCGGACAACACCAUGCAGUCGGUGGAGAUGCACAUCUGGUACAAGAAGUUCAUGAUGGAGUGCCCCUCGGGGCAGCUGAUGCUGCACGAGUUCAAGCAGUUCUUCGGGCUGUGUGGACUGGAGCCCGACGCCAAUGCCUACAUCGAGGAGAUGUUCUACACCUUUGACAUGAACAAGGAUGGCUACUUAGACUUCAUGGAGUACGUAGCGGCCCUCAGCCUGGUCAUGCGGGGGAAGAUGGAACACAAGCUGCGCUGGUAUUUCAAGCUGUAUGACGUGGACGGCAACGGCUGCAUCGAUCGGGAGGAGCUGCUCAACAUUGUGAUGGCAAUCCACGUAGUCCGUGGAAGUGAGAAGGACCAGGAUUAUGUAGAAGAGUUCACUAACCGAGUAUUUGACAGGAUCGACAUCAACGGAGAUGGGGAGCUGUCGCUCGUAGAGUUUGUUAAAGGGGCACAAGAAGACAAGGACUUCACGGAGGUGAUGAUGAAGAGUCUGGAUCUCUCGCACAUCACACGCGUAAUCCAGAACCGCCGGGGCAACAUGAAGACUCCACCCACACACCUGGUCCAUACACCUGGACCUCAGUGUCCAUCCUGCCCUGCCCAGACGUCAUUGAGUCCUACAGUGUGAAAAAAUGUGAUCGAUCCCACAAGCUGGAAAACAACUUUGAAGUAAAUUUUGGCAUGCACAGGACCACUGCGGCUGGAAAAAGCUAGCAGGUCAGGUUGCAUAAGUGGAGGAUGGUACAACCAAAAAAAAAGAAAACAAAAAAAACAUGGCCACCAUAGGAACCAUGCAUGCUGGCUGUGGCUUCUUGAAGAAUCAAACUGAAAUAUUUUUUAAUUCAUCAUUCCACCCAGUGACAUUUUGUUCAUUUAAAACCAAUCAAAUCAAAACUCUCCCUAGUAAAAACCAGGGACACAUAACUGAGGAGGCCAAUCCCAAGGUCAUCACAUCAAAGCCCCCCCCCCCUUCCCUUCCCUUCCCUUCCGCUUCCCCUUCCCCAUCCCAUCCCCAUUCCUGUGUGGGUGGGUGAUGACACCAAAAUGAUCAAGCUGAAAUUCCAGAAAUUCAUCAUCGUUCAUCAGUGGGUAAAUCCAUCUGGAUAGUCAAUGUUUGCACUUUAAAAUUCAUCCCUGUCUUCACAUCUUAAAGUGUGACAUAACUACCAGUGAUAUAUUGCCUUUUAAGAGCCACAAGGUUGACAGAUUAGUGUUGCUGGAUAUGAUCAAUUAAAGCACUUCACUCA